CGGGGGUCAAGAGGAAAAAUAGCCUCAUAUAUAUACACCCGAACGGUGAUUUCUUGCUCCGAGUCCCCUCCACUCUGUUCUACACUCCUUGUGUUGUCACCCGCACCGGGAAUUGUCUGUGCUUCAGGAUCAAAGUAGUUUCUACUAUCAGCUGAGAUGGCACCCAAGAAGGACGUUAAGGCUCCCGCCAAGAAGGCCGAACCCGCACCAGCACCCGCACCCGCACCCGAGCCCGCCCCUGCUCCUGCCGCACCCGCCGUCGACCUGUCCGCAGUCAAGAUCGAGUUCAGCGCAGACCAGAUUGAUGACUACAGGGAGGCCUUCGGCCUGUUCGACAGGGUGGGCGACAGCAAGGUGGCUUACAACCAGAUCGCCGACAUCAUGCGCGCCCUGGGACAGAACCCCACCAACAAGGAGGUGAACAAGCUGCUGGGAAACCCCACCGCCGACGACAUGGUUUCCAAGAGAGUAGACUUCGAUGGCUUCCUGCCCAUGCUCCAGACCAUCAUCAACAGCCCCAACAAGGCCGGAUUUGAGGACUACGUUGAGGGUCUGCGUGUCUUCGACAAGGAGGGCAACGGCACAGUGAUGGGUGCUGAGCUGCGUAUCGUUCUGUCAACACUGGGAGAGAAGAUGACUGAGGCUGAGAUUGAUGCUCUCAUGGCAGGACAGGAGGACGAGAACGGCUGUGUCAACUACGAGGCCUUUGUCAAGCACAUCAUGUCUGUUUAAGGACCCUGCCACUGCGGUGGUGAGCAUCGUAUAAGCGCAGACCCCAUGGUGUCGCGACAUCCACUCACUGUUUCCUGUACCACCUGAGGAAGCAGGGGGAACAAAGGACUAUGAGAUGUCAUUUCCUGAAUCCUUUUGUUUUGUUCUACACCUUUUUUUUUUUUUGUCCAACUGGUGCUUUUCUUCCCCUCUCCUCCUCCUCCUCCUCCUCCUCCUCCUCCUCCAUCCCACCCUACGGAAAGCCGACCCGAUUUUCCCACAAGUUGUUUCUUCAUCGUCAUCCAAGUUUCCCUCUCAGUGUUUCUUUUUUUUUCGUUUUUUUUUCGUUUUUUUGUUCUUUUUCAUCGUCACUUGUUUUCUCAGUGGAACAGUGAUGGAGGGGACCGUGGGAUAUUCAUGACCAUCCCCUCCCGUCACUUACUGUCUGGCUAGCUCUCUAUCUGCCAGCGAAGUGACUGGUUUUGACCAGGACUGGCCAUCAAAAAUGAAUCCACUCCUCGCCCAAACCCAUCCCUAGGUCUUAACUUAUUGUAUCCUCUGCCAUUUCACAAUAAACUUUUCACAAACUCCCA